AAACGUCAAAAAAAGCAGCGAGUAAUGCACAACGAGUGUCGUGCGAUUACGUUAUGCGUGUUGUGUUGAAUCUAACCUUAUCGCCUGUUUAUCGGAGCCGUUUCAAUCUAACGGUACUCGUUGUCAUCAUGAUUGUGCAACUUAACUUAUUACCUUUGUGAUCAUUUGUACAUCGCAAAUUUAAACGUUUGAGCUUGAAUUAUAAAGUGUUAUCCAUUUCAACAUGAGUGUUAAUAACCUGCUAACGAACAUGUUUUGUUUUGGGCGACAAUGUACAAAACUGUCUACACGACGCUAUGCUUCUGUUGCGGUGAAUCCAGCUGACAAAGACAGUGUAAAGCCGAAAACUGGUAUAUUAAUGUUAAACAUGGGUGGACCUUCCAACACUAGUCAAGUCCAUGAGUAUUUAUUAAGAAUAAUGACUGAUCGUGAUAUGAUACAGCUACCAGUGCAAAGUAAAUUAGGUCCUUGGAUAGCCAAACGUCGUACGCCAGAAGUGCAGAAAAAAUAUUCUGAGAUAGGUGGGGGAUCACCAAUUCUACAGUGGACAAAUAAGCAAGGCGAACUUUUAUGCAAGAAAUUGGAUAAAAUUUCGCCUGAAACUGCACCUCACAAACAUUAUGUUGCCUUUCGAUAUGCAGAUCCUCUCACAGAAGUUACUCUUGAGAGGAUACACAAUGAUGGAGUGCAGCAUACUGUACUUUUUUCUCAGUAUCCGCAGUACAGUUGCUCAACUUCAGGUUCCAGUUUUAAUGCUAUAUACAAUUAUUACAAAACUAGAGAAUUGCCAAAUAAGAUGAAGUGGAGUAUAAUAGAUAGAUGGGCUACACAUCCACUUCUUGUGAAAACGUUUGCUGAAAGAAUUAAAGAAGAACUUGCACAAUUUCCUAGUGAAACAAGAGACGAUGUUAUAAUCUUAUUUUCAGCUCACUCUUUGCCAUUGCAGGUUGUAAAUAGAGGGGAUUCUUAUCCUGCGGAAGUUGGAGCCACAGUUGCAUUAGUUAUGCAGGAAUUAAAUUACUGCAAUCCAUACAGCUUAGUAUGGCAAUCAAAGGUGGGACCUAUGGCAUGGCUGGGGCCUUUCACUGAUGAAGCGUUAAAAGGCUAUGUUAAGCAAGGCAAAAAAAAUUUUAUUCUGGUACCGAUUGCAUUUGUAAAUGAACAUAUUGAAACCCUUCAUGAAUUGGAUAUAGAAUACUGUCAAGAACUCGCUGAGGAACUUGGUAUCAAAAAUAUACGAAGAGCUGCGGCACCUAAUGAUCAUCCUGUUUUUAUCGACGCUCUGACGGAUAUUGUUGUGUCUCAUCUUAGAUCAAAACAAUCUAUAAAUCCUAAAUUUUUAACACGAUGUCCUCAUUGUGUAAAUUUAAAUUGCGAUGCCAGCAAAAAUUGGUAUGCUAAAAUCUGUAAGAUUUAGCAGUUAUGAUAUGGAAAAUAUAUGAAUAUUAUUUCAAGUA